AUGUGCGCCGGAGUCACAGACCCCCACCAGCCACCUGUAAUUUAUCCCAGUCAGCUCGCAGAACCAUCAGAUGGAGGAACGAUACUUACCCCCGUCAAGCGUGAUGCUCUCACGCCAGCAAGGCGGGGGCAGGUUUCGGGCUGGAUUCCUCCUCGCCUGAACGAGGUCCACAUCAUCCGGGAAAUGGACAGACUUCCGGACGAAUGGUUCGUCAGAUGGGAGCUCCUCCAAGUCCUCAUCCACAUCGACAAGGCAAGACUUCAGAGGAGGUGGAUCGUCACAGCAGCGGGGGGAUGA